AGCAUGUUAAAUGAGAGUGUUCUUCUAUCAUUGACUGAAAUUAGGAGGGCUCCUUUGAAAACUCUCAAAAUUAUGGUGGUCCAUUCAGAGUAUUAUUGUGUUGAAAUUCCAAAUAUUUCCUCAGGUGUUUGGAAGAAACUUGCAGCGUUUUCUCCAGAAUUGAAGGUGGAGGUUUCCAUAGCAACAAGAGUACCAUAUUUGAAGCUCGCAGGCUUACUGAAGCCUGAGAUACCAUUAGUUGCCCUAAGUUACUUCAGGUUUGCCCAUUACGAUGGCCAGGAUUUAGCAUCGAUAACUGAAAAAUAUCCUAGUACUUUGAAAGCAUUCACAAGCCUUUGUCAAGGUGAUAAAAUUGAUACCGAGCUUGUUGCCAUGGUAACCAUGUGCCCUAACUUACAAUAUUUCUGCUAUCAUGGAAAAUUGAAUUACCGCACUGCCAUCGCUAUUGCUAGUCUCAAAGGGGAAAAUUGGAAACAUUUUGAACUGGUUAAAACACAGAUCGGUUUAUCAGAACAAAAUCAACAUAAGCAUAAUGAAAUUAUCUCAAUAGAAUAUCUGGUCAGGGGGGUGUCGACCGCUUUAAAACGCACGUGGAGGCCCAUUGAGACUCUUCCUGAUGUUGAUGAGGGAAGUACGUGCUUUCCUUGGGGGGAGUUUUCAAAAUAUUUGCAUUGGAAAAAAAUCCAAUGAGUCAAUAACAACAGUGACGAAAUUUU